AUGAAGGCUUUAACAGUUCUUCUUGUUCUAAGCGCCUUUGCAACAGUGUUCGCCAAUCAACUGGUGUUCCACAAAGCCUUCUAUAAUCUUUUAGAAGGAGAUCAUCAGAACAGAAUGGCUAAAGCUGCGAGGGACUAUAACUUGCCAUUAAAUCCGUUAAUCUCCAAUGAUGCCAGUGACGCCAAUGAUGCGAAAGAUCUCUACGAGCCGUGGAUGGUGAGUCCAUAAAUAGUGUUCCGGAGGCCCGAGGGCAAAGGGGAAAAUCUUACAUAAUUUCGGUUCCCAACCUAAAUUUUGUCCUGUUCUCAGUGUCCUGGUGACUGAGGGUUUCGCUCUAGGGGAAGUUCGCCCGUUACGAGUGUGCCCUAAGAUAUAACAGAAUUACGCGGCCCUUGGACUUCACUCUGAGUAGACAAACUUAACAUUUCGACUGCAUUUUAGUCAAACCUCAAUCAUAUUUCCUUCCUGACCAAUGUAGACCAAUGCAUUUUUAGAAACCAGACUUGUGUUGUGGUUUUCUCACCUCUCUCGAGAUAAGUCGGGGUCUAGUCGUUUCACUAAAAAUAAUUUCCAUAAAUUGGUAUUUUCCAAACAUAUGAAUUUAAAAAGUGGGAUCUUUUUUCCAAUUAGUCUCGUAACACAGAAAUUUUAGAAUCGCACAGAAUCGACUUCGGCUUGUAGAAAAACGUACCUUGCAAGUGAACGUUUGAAAACUGGGCGAACCUCAAUGGAGGGAAGUUGUUAAUCGGCGGAAACAUCGAUGCUUUUUCCUCCAUCUGUUAAACUCCCAUGUCCGAUAUCACAAAAUUCAUGGCGAAAUCCCAUCUCAGUGAGUUUUAGACCCAACAUUUGUGGCAGAAAAAAUUUCCAGUGGCAGGUUUAAUUUAACAAAUCACCGUGCAAAAGCUCCCACAGUAAUUUCUUCAGGUAAAAAACAUUAUAAUCGAGAUUUUGCUCGCCCUUUUGCUUUUCUAUAAAACCUUUGUAGAACUAUUAUUCUGAUAAGUAACACCACACAAUUUACAUCAAAACGCACGUUAAAAGUUUAUCAAGCUCAAGUCCUACGCUAUUUUGUUACAGAAACCUUGCGUCCAUCAGGGAAUACGUUGCUUUAUCAAGUCGGGGAAAGAUGCCUGUCAAAAGCUUUGUUGCGGUGACCAGUUCUUUGAGUGCCUUCAAUAUCACAAGCCAGAGGGACACCCAGGACUCCUCGCGAAACUGACCCCUUUGCAGGUACUAAAGAACUUGAUCCAGUUAAUAAGAUUGAAGUGAAAUAUAACUGAGAGCGAAAAACUGGUAUAAAACAUUGCAGGUAAUUUAGUGUUAACAACUGAGUUGAAAACGUGAAUUAGCCUCCGUAAAGGGUAAAAAAGCUGACGUUUCGAGCGUUAGCCCUUCGUCAAUCGCUCUGACGAAGGGCUAACGCUCGAAACGUCGGCUUUUUUACCCUUUACGGUGGCUAAUUUCCGUUUUCAACUCAGUUGUUAACACUAAAUUACCUGCUAUACUCUCCCACCGACGCAGCACCACAGUUUCUUUAGAAACUUACCCCUUUAUUCAUUUGGUAUAAAACAUUGCCUAUGAAGAAAAUAAACCGCGAGGGACUGGAAAUAACUGAGAACCUAAUGACCAGGUGACAGACAGAUUGACUGACUGACAGAUGCCGGGGCAGGCAAGCAAAUAGACGAAGAUACAGCAAGACUGAAAAACUGACUCACUAAUGGGAACUUUCAUCUCUCUUGCAGAAAGGCUGUUUGGCACUUGUUGGAAUGUGCAGGGCUUAUAGUCCAUCGUGUGAAGGAAAGUUAUGUUGCUACCUUCGCUUCCAGAAAUGCUUUGAAUUUGUCAGCCAACACGAACGUUAGCCCAAAACAAGUUACAUUAUUACAAUGGCAAUGAUAGCAAGAUAUCGAUCCCAAUGAUGUGCAAUCAGGCUCAAGUUUUUCCUUUAUAAAUUAUUAUCAUCUCGAUGUAACAUGCAGGCAAUUAGAAGUAAAGAAAUUUAAAGAGGGAAUAAUAUGAUUCUGAUCUGUUUCGUCAAUAACCUGUUAGUUCCUGCCGAAUUAAGCAUCGUCAACUUUGAGCUCGGCUCUUUCUAUGAGUUGCUAUGCGUCCCUAUGGUUAACGGGUAGUCGUAUCUUUCCUCGAAGGGUGGUGGGUUGUUGGUGUGUUUGUACAUGCGGGGGAAGGGGGAGGGGGAAUGGUCAGGAAUGCUGAAAAACCAAAGGUGAAAUUUACCUUACGACCAUGAUAAUAACAAAGCCUCAUUCAUAUUGUUAGCAGAAAGACGAAGGAAGCAUUGAACAGUUUCUCUGGUUCCAUUGCAACGUUUCAUAGUGUUAUUCAAUUUCCCCUCGCAGAUCCUGUAGAACGAUUUAGUAAUUACACUCAAACGUAACCUUAAUGUUUGUUUAUGAUCAGUAACAUCUGUAGAUAUUUGGCACUUUUUGUAACUGUUUUUGCCGUUAGGCGAAAUAAUGUUACAGUAGAAUUCUUUUAACCCGCACAAAAUCCCAACAGGCAAAACAGUUUCGCUGAUGUUUGAAUAAAAUUGGGAACAAUUUACCCA